AUCAGCACCGUGCCCUGUACCUUCGCGGACGAAACCCAAGCCACCAUUCAUACCUCGCUCGCGCCGUGAGAUUUUGACGCGCUGAACUACUAGAAGCUAGGCAGCAGGGAAUCUUUUGCGCGCGAGGCAUCCCGUCUUACACAGGCACACUACAUACAUUAAUAGGAGACUUGUUCGGGUUGUUUCCUUUUCUUCCCUUCUUCUCCCUUCCUCAUGCGGUCCUUCUUGCGCCAACUGUUGUUCAAAACCGGCGCAUUUGGUACCACCCGGCCUCGAAUCUCUGCUGCUUCUCCGUUACGAACAAUGUCCACCUCCUCCACAGCUGCCCUAUUAUAUGCGGCGACCAUAGCGACCCCGUCACUGGCGGCGACAAGGCCCGAAGAUGAGAUCACAAAGGCGAAAGCAUGGCACUCGAAGAACGGCGGGUUUGAGAACCCAUGGCCGUCAUGGCAGAUGCUGUCGGUCUUCCAAAUCAUAACAGGCCUCCUAGGGAGAAGAUUGUCAGGCAAGGGAAACACACCAGACACGACUCCGCCAACCGUGCCUGUGCAUGCUCCCCAGUUUCUGUCGGAGCGGACAGGAAACGGCUCAUUACGAGCCACUUGGCUAGGCCAUGCAUGCUAUUACGCCGAGUUUCCCUCCGGGUUGAGGGUUCUGUUUGAUCCCGUCUUCACGCCGCGGUGUUCGCCCUUCUCCUGGCUCGGUCCCAAGCGAUACACCGAGAUGCCCUGCCAGAUCAAGGACAUCCCAAUCAUUGACGCCGUCAUCAUCUCCCAUAACCAUUACGACCACCUCUCCCACCCGACCAUCAUGGAGAUUGCCAGAUUGCAUCCGGAAUGCCAUUUCUUCGUGCCACUGGGCAACAAGAAGUGGUUCCAGGCCUGUGGAAUCGAGAAGUGCACUGAGUUGGAUUGGUGGGAAGAAGUGGAUUUCACCUUGACCCCAUCCUCAUCUUCCUCUUCCUCCUCCAGCGGUCCAGAAAAGAAGGAGGUAGACAGUUCUUCUUCCGAACAAACAACCAGCACCAGCACGCGGGUCACUGAGCCCGUCGGUGAACAUCCCAACAACUCUUCUUCUGCCGCGGGGUCCGAGUCUAUAACUGCCCGCAUCGCCUGCUUACCAUGUCAACAUAUCUCCGCCCGUAGUAUCCACGACCGCGCCAGGACCCUAUGGGCAUCGUGGUCCGUCAAAUCCGGCGACAAAUCACUCUACUUUGCCGGUGAUACUGGCUAUCGCACCGUUCCCAAGGAAUCCGAAGGCAAAGACGACUGGGGUCAAGAAUAUGCUUCUCUCCCUUGCUGUCCCGCCUUCAAGGACAUCGGACGUCUCCGCGGUCCCUUCGACCUAGGUCUCAUCCCUAUUGGUGCUUACAUGCCUCGUUGGAUUAUGAGUCCAAUGCAUGCCAACCCUCGCGAUGCCGUCGAGAUCUUUCGCGAUACAAAAUGUAAACAGGCCCUCGGUAUGCAUUGGGGAACCUGGGUCUUGACCGAGGAGGACGUCCUGGAGCCGCCCAGGUUGCUGAGAAAAGCCCUUGCUCAUCAUGGGCUGCCAGAAACGGGCGUCUUUGAUGUUUGUGACAUUGGCGAUAGUCGCGAGUUUUAAUUCCUGUCUAAACGUGCGAAAAUUCAUUGGUAAAAAGGCAACGUGCUUAUGGGGCUUUUGUAUGGGCUGGUCUGGGUUGGAUCUGAUCGGGGCAAGGAGCAGGCACACGAGGAGUUACUCAAAAUUCGAGCUACGGCCUUUGGAGUUGGGAAUUGUACUACUAUACAGCGUUGAGCCAGAUUGUGGAUGUUCGAAAUGUGAUGGACAACACUGUUAUCACACGGCCAAACAUCUUCAAAUUCGAUUGGGGCCACUGGACUACUCUUUCAUCAAAACUGCAAUUGACCGAGUUGUGAAAUAUCCUCACUAAUAAUACAGGGGGAUCACAUCCUUGUGUGAAAGCUCAACGCCACUCGCUGUCAACUUUUUGGGUAUUGGUGCAGGUUGCUUUUCCUGCUCUCGGAUACCGCUCCUCGGCUCGCUUCGCAAGCAAACCAGAUCAGCAUGUUUCAGACUCCAGUUCGAGCUGUCGGUAGCUCGUGACUUGAGACAUCUUUUCCGGCAUAAGCCACUCCGACAACCUAGGCUGCGUUUCUUUUUGCUCUGCCUUUGCCGGUGGCUCGCUUGACGACUUUCUUUGGCUUCUGUUGCGGCUCUUCCAGGUCGGCGUCGUCGAGAUCCGCAGUGACCGAAGGUGGCUCCUGCGCAAGGACAUCCUCUCCUUCAUCCUCAUGCUUAACCUUGACUUUCUUUGUCUUCUUCGACUUCGAUGGCAAAGGUAGGUCGCCCUCGUCAGCGCUUUCUUGCUUCGCUUUAGUUGGUCUUCCUCUCUUCGCCUUGACUGCAGGUUUGACAAUAGGAGCGUCACUCGGCCCAUCAGUUUGCGCCUCAAGUCUGGGGGCGUCCUCUUCGCUGUCGCCAGCUGCUGGUGGGUUUGUCGUCUUUCUGCUAGACUUGGCCUUGGGUUCGUUCAAUGCUUGGUCCGAGUCCUCCGCUGCCUCGUGCUCCUUUGCUUUGACCUUUUUGGCUCGGGACUUCUUCACUUUUGGAACCUCCGCCGCUUCGAUGUUCUCGUCAGCAGCCUUCCGCUUCCGGGUCCCAGAUGUCUUGGGAGGUGGGGCCGGCUCGGAAUCUUCCUCGUCAUCCUCGGUCUUCCCUUUGCGGCUUCUCUGUUUCUUCUUUGGUGGCGGUGAAAGUGCAAGGUCAUCUUCGUCCUGCUCCGGUCCCGCCUUGGCUUUCUUUGUGC